AUGAAGACUUCCCUGCAGGUGGUGGCACUAUGGGGAAAGAAUGCCCCUCCCCACAGCAUCACUGCCAUCAUGAUCACAGAUGACCAGCAGACGAUUGUGACCGGAAGUCAGGAGGGGCAGCUCUGUCUCUGGAGCCUUUCACCUGAACUAAAGAUUUCAGCUAAAGAACUCCUAUUUGGUCAUUCUACUUCAGUAACAUGUUUAGCAAGAGCGAGGGACUUCUCUAAACAGCCAUAUGUCGUCAGUGCUGCUGAAAAUGGGGAGAUGUGUGUUUGGAAUGUCACCAAUGGACAGUGCGUGGAGAAGGCUACACUUCCUUACACGCACACUGCCAUCUGUUAUUACCACUGCUCAUUCCGGAUGACGGGAGAAGGCUGGCUUCUGUGCUGUGGAGAGUAUCAAGAUAUCCUUAUAAUUGAUGCCAAAACUUUGGCUAUCAUUAACACUUUCACAUCAUCUCAGUCUCCUGAUUGGAUCAACUGCAUGUGCAUUGUUCAUUCYAUGAGAAUUCAAGAAGAUUCUCUCUUGGUGGUAUCAGUAACUGGUGAGCUCAAAGUAUGGGAUCUCUCCUCAUCUAUCAAUAGCAUUCAGGAAAAGCAAGUUGUCUAUGAAAAAGAAUCCAAGUUUCUUGACUCUUUGAACUGCCAGACAAUACGAUUUUGUACAUAUACUGAGAGACUUCUGUUGGUGGUGUUUUCUAAAUGUUGGAAGGUUUAUGAUUAUUGUGAUUUUUCCCUUUUGUGGACUGAAGUUAGUAGAAAUGGGCAGUUCUUUGCUGGUGGAGAGGUGCUUGCUGCUCACAGAAUCCUCAUCUGGACAGAAGAUGGUCACAGUUAUAUCUAUCAGCUGCUGAACAGGUGGGCUCAGAUGGGAGCAGCAUACAAAACAUUCAGUGGCCUUUCAAAAAGCAUAUACCCUGCUGAUGGAAGAGUGCUUAAAGAGACCAUUUAUCCUCAUUUACUGUGCUCUACUUCUGUGGAGGAAAACAAGAGCCUUCCCUUUGUUAUGGGCUACAUGAAUGAAAGGAAAGAGCCUUUUUAUAAGGUACUUUUCUCUGGUGAAGUCUCAGGAAGGAUUACUCUGUGGCACAUCCCUGAUGUUCCCAUAUCCAAGUUUGAUGGUUCUCCUAGGGAAAUACCAAUAACUACCACCUGGACCCUUCAAGAUAAUUUCGAUAAGCAUCAAACUGUGUCUCAAAGUAUUAUUGACCAUUUYUCUGGGCUUGAAGAUGAGGCAGGAACUGCAGUAGUCACUUCAUCAGAGUACGUUCCAAGUCUUGAUAAACUAAUAUGUGGCUGUGAAGAUGGGACAAUUUUCAUUACACAGGCUUUGAAUGCUGCCAAAGCAGGACUUCUAGAAGGGGGUUCUUUAUUAAAAGAUUCUCCCUCUCAUAAAGUUCUCAAAGGCCACCACCAAAGUGUAACUUCUUUACUUUAUCCACAUGGUCUAUCUUCGAAAUUAGACCAAAGUUGGAUGGUGUCUGGGGACCAAGGUUCAUGUGUGAUUUUGUGGGAUAUCUUUACUGAAGACAUUUUGCAUAAGUUCUUUUUGGAAGCUGGUCCAGUAACAAGCCUUUUGAUGUCACCAGAGAACUUCAGACUGAGGGAUGAUCAGAUAAUUUGCUGUGUGUGCAGUGACCAUUCUGUGUCUCUCCUUCACCUGGAGGGGAGGAGGUGCCUCCUGCGUGCUCGGAAGCAUCUUUUCCCUGUGAGGAUGAUAAAAUGGCACCCAGUUGAGAACUUUUUAAUUGUUGGAUGUGCUGACGAUUCUGUCUAUAUCUGGGAAAUUGAAACAGGCACUUUGGAAAGACAUGAGACAGGAGAAAGAGCGAGAAUUAUUCUUAAUUCUUGUGAUGAUUUGCAGCUUCUAAARCCUGAACCUGCACUUUCAGUUACCUCAGAGACACAUAAGCACAAAAGUAUAGAACAGAGAUCCUCCAGCUCCCACCAGCUUGGGCCAAUACCUUGCCCUGGUCUGCAGGUGGAGUCUUCAUGUAAGGUUGCUGACACUAAGUCUUUCCCAACACCUUUUAAUGUCUUGCCUGUGAAAACAAAAUGGAGUAAUGUUGGCUUUCAUAUUCUUCUAUUUGAUCUGGAAAACCUUGUUAAACUUUUGCUGCCGACUCCACUGAGUGCUGCUGACUCUUCCAAUUCAUUCUAUGGUAGUGAAAUCUUGAGGAGAGCCAAGAGCACAGUAGAGAAGACGACACUGACAAUAAAAAGAAAUAAAACUGCUAGUGGUUCUCUCUCAGCAGAAGCCCAAGCCAAGCCUCUCAAUGAUGGCCUGAUCCAAGGAAACAAUGCUAUCAAAUUCAUAGAAGAAAAUGAUAUUAAAAAGCAGAAGAAAACAAARAGCUCCAAGAAGAAGCAUACCAAAGCAUCAAGAAAAGUUGAUGCCAACCUCACAAUAGACACUGCUAAAUUGUUUCUGUCCUGCCUUUUGCCAUGGGGAGUGGAUAAAGAACUAGAUAAUCUCUGCAUUAAUCAUCUCAAUAUUUUAAAGCUUCAGGGUCCUGUUUCCUUAGGGCUUGCUUCAAAUGAAGACCACUUCUCAUUGAUGCUGCCAGGUUGGGAUUUAUGCAAUACWGAAAUGAAGAAAGAGUACUCCAGAGUAAAUUUAUUUUCCAGAAAAGUUUUGGACUUGUCAAAUAAAUACACAGCCACUCUUCCAAAUCAUGUUGGAACACCAAGAAGACUGGAAAAUAAUUGUGAUUCUUUCGAGGAGUCAAAUACUAUAGUUUAUUUAUUGAGCAGACUCUUUUUAGUUAAUAAGUUAGUCAACAUGCCUUCAGAACUGGCCUGUGAUUUUGACAGAUUCUUCAAAACAGAAUCUAUGCAUAAUAAGAUGAAAAGUCCUGGGAAUGAUAUUUUGCAUAUUUCAAGCUUCUAUGGUUACUUAAGAAAUGGUAAGAAUGAAUCUCAUAUGACUGACGCUGACCUUCCGCUUUUGAAGCUAAUCUCAUGUUGGCGAGACCAGUCUGUGCAGGUAACUGAAGCAAUACAAGCUGUUCUCUUGGCUGAAGUGCAACAGCACAUGAAAAGUUUGAGAAAGACGCCAAUUGACAGUCAACCAGUGUCCACAGCAGAGAAUGGUAACUAUGAGAUGAUGCAGAUCCCAAAGAAGAAGGAGUGGACUGAGGAACUAGAAUUACAGUGUAUUAGAAACACUUCAGCUCCACAAACUCCAGUCAGUCCGGUCAAGCAUGACAGCAACUCAAACUCGGCAAACUUCCAAGAUGCUGAGGACAUGCCUGACAGAUGUGUCUUGGAAGAGUCUGAGAGUCCAGGUGAUCCAAGGCAUCAUUCAUGGAUGGCAAAGGUGUGCUCCUGCAAGGUGUGCUAACUAGAAUCUCACUGUGGCAAUGGAUUUGGACAAACCAAGAAACCCCCAAACAAGCCCUUGCUUUAUUGUCACAUAAAAGCAAUGUUGUUCUUGGUCUAUAAUUUACUAAAACUUUAACCAGAGUGUCCUGAAAGUAUAAAAACAAAUUGAAAAUACCUGAAUUUUCCUUUUAGAAAAUCAUUGUCUAAAUCAUUCCAUGUUCCUCAUUUUCCUUAAUAUCUCCAACAAGGAAUGCCAGCCCACACAUACAAAUUGAACAUUGCUUUAGAUUUGCUUCCAURUUUUCAGUCCCUGAAUUAUAUAAUAAGAAACACUUCUCAAUUUAAUGUUGCUUCAAUGUGUUUAAUAUAAAACUUCACCAAAUUUGACUUGUUAGGUUAGAACAUUUUGUUUUAGUAGAUGCCUAAUUGACACCAAUCAUUGCAGUAAAUCGCAUCCCCAAGCAUGGCAUGUUUUGAGUAAAUGAACAGUUUCACACAGUCAUCAAUUUACCCAAAUAAGUGAUACRUGGUAUGGCAGUACACUGUACAGCCUGGUUAAUUUCUAAUGACACUGAGGCUUUAGCAAAAGGUUGAUCUUUUGGGCCAUAUAGAUGUGAACUAGAAACAGGGAAUCUACUUAUAACACUUCACAAUUGAUUCUUAUUAAGUAUAUACUCUUACAGUUCUUUUCCCAGAAAGAAGCUUGACUAGCAGGAAUUCUAAAACUAAAAUAUGCAAAGCAAUAUAAAUAGAAAUUGACAUAAAGUGCUCAUCUAUCAAGGCCUUUAGUGAUCAGAUUUAUUUGCCGUGAUUUAUACUAUACAAUUUCUUAACUUAUAGAAAAUCAUCAAAGACUAUAAAUGUGCAUAUGUUAUGAAUACAAAUAUUGCCUAAUCUGUAGGAAAAAAAUGGAAAUAAAGUAUUAAAUAUAUGAAACAUAGUUCUAUCUCAGGGAAUGUCAAGUCCCUUCAAUUUAGCAGACACAUUUUUGAGCACCAACUUCAGCUCCAAUGCCUGGGUACAGGGUACAGGGUACAGGAGGCAGGGGAGAUGGGAGAUAAGAGGACUCUGUGACUGAAAUGGAAUAGUCUUUGUCUUUGAGGACUUAUAAUUAAUGUUUGGCCUGGAUGAAUAUUCCAGACAGAAAUUGAGUAUGACCCCUUUAAAGCCAAUUAAAGUGUGUGCUCUUUGUUUCCUAAAAUGUACUGCCCCUGCUUAAAAUUACUUUUGAGUUGUAAUUCAGAAACUGUAACAUGUUGUUAAUAAGAACAAUAGUGAAAAUUUUUCAUCCUUUGRAAAAUUGCACAUAUACAUUUUCCCACUUUGGAAAAAAUCUACUUCUAACAAGUUUCAAAAUAAAGGAAAGUAGUAAGUUAGGCAAUGGAAUAUAUUUUCUUGCAUGCUGUGUUGUGGCUCUCAAGCCUAUUAAAAGAACUCUCAAAAACACUUUGAUGACAAUAUCAAAUGAGUGUAUGUUCUCUCAAAGGGAAAUUUUAAUUAUUAAACCUAUUUGUAUGCUCAAGUUCUGGUAUGUAUGUUGAAAAUGAGAUUUAUUAUUUUUAUACCUAUAUUCUAUUAUUCUCCUUCUCAAAYAAGAGUAACAACAAGUUUAACAGAUGCUAUACUUAGUAUAUUUUGGUKGGCAGGAGUCUAAAUUAACCAAUAAUAAAUCCCCAAUGAUUAUUUUAUGAUGUCACCAGCUAUCAGAAAUUAGAAAUGGCAUAAACUUGACUUUAAUGAGUAGGAGUUUUACUAAUUCUGGAGGCCAAUAUUAUUAACUCUGAAGWCYUAAUUUCUAAAAAUGAGAGUUGUAGAGAAAAUUAAAUUAUGCUACCCUAAUAUCCAUGUGCAAACAUGCUGAUGUAACAAAUCCAUUUGUCUGUUUUAAAAUGAUUUAUUUUAUUUAUAUUGACUUACAUUUAACAUGUUUUAGUACUUUUCAUUGUAGGGAGACUUGAAGUAGCAGUUACCAUGCAAUUCAUUAGAUUAACCAUGCAGUAAUCUUAACCACUUGGUACCAGUUAAAAACUCAUGAUGCUUGAUCUGGUGGUUGU